AUGGCGUUGUUGCUUCUACUGGCGAUGCUGACAGCAUGUGCGGCUACUCCUCAAGAUAUGUCUGGUAAAAUGUUUACCUUCCCACAAGCGACUAACACAGCUCAUGUUAGGCUGACUACAUCGAGACAGAGCUUGAGUGCUGUGACCGUCUGUCUGAGAACCUUCACGGACCUGACUAGAGAUCAUGCACCAUUCUCUUUAGCCACACCCACUGCCCACAAUGACUUCCUGAUUUACAGACAAGCAGCAAACAAUCGGAUCAACAUAUAUGCCAGGAACACUGGUGUAAAUUUUGAAGGACUGGACUACGAGACAAACACGUGGCACUCACUUUGUUCUACAUGGGACUCUGGAACUGGUUUGGGGCAAAUCUGGUUGGAUGGAAAGCCCUCCAGUAGGAAGUUCAUCAGCUCUGGAUCAAGCAUCAGUGGGCCAAUUAUCAUUGUUUUGGGACAGGACCAGGACUCUCAUGGCGGGGCGUUUGAAAUCACCCAGUCAUUUGUCGGCAUGAUGUCAGAUGUCCACAUGUGGAACUACACUCUCUCCCCCUGUGAGAUCAAAGGCUACACAGAAGAGUUAUUCUUCACUCCAGGGAAUGUGCUUAACUGGGGGGCGCUGUCAUUCCAGACCAACGGAAGAGUCCUGAUAGAAGAUAAACAAAGGGGCUGUUUGUAAACUUUUAUAACAAACCUUUUAGUUAAUUGUGGAGAGCAGCUGGCAGACCAUUAUCCCAUAUUUUGGAAUAGCCCAAACAUCAAGUCAUAUUGCGGGGAGUGAUUAAGGCAUGGAAAGAAUUACUUUCUCACUAAACCUAAGAGCAGAUUUUUUUUGCAAUACUGUAAAAAAAGGAAUUGUGUAUAUAACAUUGAAUGACUAACAAACCCCUAUUGACUGUAUUUUUACUAUUAUAACAUAAGGAAGUGUAUAUGACCUACUGUUUCUGUUCUUACUGAGCUGUGUUGUCUAUUAAUGCCUAUUUACAAAAGUUGUUAAAAAAAAGUGUAAAAAAAAAAAUGUCAGUUAAUAUCAAGUUUAACUAUCAGAAAUAGCUUAGACAUUUCCAUAUGACUCCAGAAUUUUGUUCCAUUUUCUUUCAUAUUGUAAAGUAUUGGACGGUGUUAUCACAAGCGUAUACUGUGCUCUUGCAUCAAAAAAAGUAUAAAAUAUCCAUGUGUAUAUUUCACUGAUAAAUCCCUGGUGAAUUCUUCAUGAUUUUCUUUUCAUAAUAAACAGU